GUGGAGAAUGGUCAGUGUGGCGUAGUCUUCUCGUGAACUCUGCGUGGUCUGCAUUGACCAGAACUAGAACUGCCCAGGAGCACAAACUCACCACAAUUGAAGAACAAUGGCAACACUCAUCGGUGCUGUAUGGCAUCUCCUGGGCGCAUGGGUAGGUGUGCAGGGCUUCCUGGUGUUCCUGUGUGCCUUGAUCCUAUUCAAAUACGUGAGAGAUUUUCCCCACAAGGACCUCCCACCUGGACCCUUCCCUUUGCCCAUAAUUGGGAACCUGCUCAGCAUUGGGGUGAAGGAUCCUAUGGCAGGUUUUAGAAAGAUUGCAGAGACAUAUGGGAAUGUGUCCUUGGUUGACGUUGGAGGUCACCAAUGUAUUCUCCUCUCUGGGCACAAAGGAUUCAAGGAGGCAUUUGUGGAGCAGGCUGAUAUCUUCGCAGAUCGUCCCAACUACCCUCUCAACAACAAGCUCUGCAAAGGCCUCGGCAUCAUUUCUUCCAGUGGUCCCAUGUGGAAGCACCAGAGGCGCUUCGCUCUGUCCACCCUCAAGUACUUUGGCGUGGGGAAGAAGACCCUGGAGAACUCCAUCCAACGUGAGAGCCAGUGGCUCUGUGAUGCUAUCCAAGCAGAAGGAGGUUUGCCUUUCAGUCCCCACUGCGUUCUGACCAACGCUGUGGCCAACAUAAUCUGUUCGCUGGUGUUCGGGCAUCGGUUUGAGUAUGAUGACCACCACUUCCACGACAUGCUGAAAUGUUCAGAUGAAGUCUUCCAGCUGCCCGCAACCGUCUGGGGUCGACUGUAUAAUCAGUGUCCUACACUGAUGCAGUUUCUGCCAGGAAGGCAUCGGUCAGCUUUUUCCAACCUGACCAGAAUCAAGCAGUUUAUCAAGCAGGAAGUGGAGAGGCACAGGGAGGACCGGAACCCGGCGAACCCCAGAGACUACAUCGACUGCUACCUGGAGGAAAUCGAGAAGUGCACUGACCCGUCCGCUGGCUUUACGGAGGAGAAUCUGCUGUACUGCGUGGUGGAUCUGUUUGGAGCCGGCACAGAGACCACCUCGAACAGCUUGAGGUGGGCCGUCCUGUUCAUGGCCAACCACCCAUCUGUUCAAGAAAAGGUGCACGCGGAGAUCGAUCGAGUGAUCGGCCAAUCUCGCCAGCCCUCCAUGGACGACCGAAUGGACAUGCCGUACACUUACGCCGUGGUGCACGAGAUUCAGCGGUGUGGCAACAUCGUGCCCUUCACGCCUCCCAGAGUUUCUAAUAGGGACACCACUGUUGCAGGGUGUCUGAUUCCGAAGGGAAUGAUGGUGCUCCCGAUGCUCAAGCCAAUUCUCUAUGACGUUAACGAGUACAGCCACCCGGAGGAGUUCAACCCAGGCCAUUUCCUUGAUGAAGAUGGCAACUUUAUGAAAAGAGAUAACUUCAUACCCUUCUCAAUAGGGAAGAGAGCGUGCCCGGGGGAACAGCUGGCCAGGAUGGAGCUCUUCGUCUUCUUCACCUCGCUCAUGCAGCGCUUCCACUUCCGGGCUCCGGAGGGCCAGACGCUCAGGGUGGAGGGAACGGUGGGGAUCACCUCUGGGCCGAAGCCCUUCGAGAUACGCGCCCUAGCAAGAUUAGAGGUCAUAGAGAGAGAGAAAGAGAGGCACUUUCUAAAGCACGUCAACUUGUCAAGAAUGGCUCCCUCAUCAUCCUCAAUGUUCAGUUCCUCCUUGCUGAAGUGGAUGGACAUCCAGGUGCUGCUGGUGUUCACUGUUGUCUUUCUGCUUCUAGCGGACAUCAUGCGUAGACGCAGGCCGAAGACCUUUCCUCCGGGUCCACUGUGUUGGCCUGUCAUAGGGAACACAAUCACCAUCGACUUCACGAAAGCCCAUCUGGAACUGUGCCGGCUUGCUGAGCAGUAUGGGAAUAUCUACAGUCUUAAAUUCAACUCCUCAUGGAGCGUGGUGCUGAGCGGCUACAAGAUGGUGCGAGAUGCUUUGGUGACUCAUGGAGACACCAUGGCUGACCGGCCUGAGAGCGCACUUGCAGUGGAUGUGGGCAACCAUCUUGGCGUUGUCACCAGCAAUGGAUAUUUAUGGAAGCAACAACGCAAGUUUGCCCUAUUUACCCUCAAGUAUUUUGGAGUCGGAAAGAAAUCUCUUGAGGCAGCCAUUUUAGAUGAGUUUUCCCAUCUAUCCAGGGAUAUUGAAGAACUUGAUGGUAAACCAUUCAAUCCACACUUGCCUACAAACUACGCUGUUGCCAACAUCAUAUGCAACCUUGUUUUUGGGCAUCGAUUUGAAUACACCGACGAGAAGUUCCAAACACUGAUGGCCAUGUUUGAUAAAACUAUUGUACUUGAAGCUUCCAUUUGGGCGCAGCUCUACGACUCUUUCCCGAUGCUGUUGAGACACUUACCUGGGCCUCACCAGACCGUCAAGAAUAUCUAUGACCACGUGAAAAUUUUCCUGAGGGAAGAAAUCGAGCAGCACAAGAAAGACUGGGAUCCCUCAGAGCCAAGGGAUUAC